AUGUCCGCCACGAUCUUCGGAUUGAGCUGUGGUAUUGAGCCAUAUAUUGCAAGUGUGGGCUGGGGCUGUCUCCACCCCACAACUUGUCUCUUCACUCGACCCCUCCAACAGUACUAA